AUGUCAUGGGCUCUGCCCAUUGAAGCAGCUAUUAUUAGUGGCGAUGUUCUUGUUUUUGGUGCUGCAGUACCACCAUUAAUACAAUUUUUCAAAGGUUUAUCAGCAAAGAAACUACAAAAUGAUGUGGAAGAAUCACAAAAGUUAAUGAAAGCAAAUGGAGAUAUUAGUAAAUUAAUAAGAAAACUAUCGGAUAUGAAACAAAAUCAUGGUCGUAUUAUGGUAUGA